AUGUCGAGACUUCGCACCAAAGAAAAGCCCAUAGCCGUGCAGGAAUCCGAUGACGAUAUUGAUGAUGAUGAGGAGGAUGAAGAGGUGGAGGAAGAAAAUCCUGACGGAGUCUUUGAGCUUCCUGAAAAGCUCGAGGAAUGUCAUUGGCAGCGGCGCUCAAUAACAGAUCUUUAUGAUAUGAUGUCGAGUCCCUUUUUAGACUUAAAUCCAGACUACCAAAGAGAUGUUGUUUGGAAUAGUGAUAGAAUGACAAAACUCAUAAACUCUUUGAUAUGCAAUUACUAUAUCCCCCCUGUUAUAUUUAAUGUUCAAACGAUAAAGACAGAAGAAGGCGGGGAGAGAUUUCUCCGGAUCUCAAUCGACGGGAAGCAGCGUCUUUCGUCUAUCCGAGAAUUUGUCAAUGGAAACAUUCCUUGUACAGAUAAGCACGGUCGUAAAUGGUUUUUCAAAGAUAAUGGCAGUCCGUCCGGCAAAAAGAAACGAUUACUCAAUGAGAAAUUCAAGCAACAUUUCUUGUCCCAAGAACUACUUUGUGCAGAAUAUGCGGCUUUGGAAAGAAAACAGGAAGAAGAUCUGUUUUCGCGCGUUCAAUUAGGGGUGCCACUCACACCCGCCGAAAAACUCCGAGCGAGCUCAGGUGCUUGGCAGGCAUUCGCUCUUGAAAUAGAACAGAAGUAUCCAAAUCUCAUGCAAACCGUGGAUAAUAGACGUGGUCGGAGCUUUCAGCUUAUUUUACAAAUCUUUAAGCAGAUCCUCAAUUCAGAGGAUCAAAACUCUAAAUACAGCGCUGGCGCUAUUUCCCUUAAGGCCUUCUGUGAACGUACAAAUCUUCUUGACGAACCUUUCAGGGCUACCGUAAAAAACGUCUUUUAUAAGUACAAUGAGAUACUGAAGAGGCAUCCAGAAACAUUCCAGAAUCAUAAUUACACCCACGCAACAAAAUAUUCACCUAUAGAAUUUGUUGCCUCUGCGCUUUUGAUCCACCAACAUCCUAAUCGGACCAACCCUACUCUUCUCAGUGGGGAUAUCCUGAAGAUGCGUCAAGUGGUUAGAGAGGAAAGACAAGAUCUCCGCAGUAAUAGCUCGACCUGGAGUUCUCUUAUGAAUCGUAAUGUCCAGCAGAAUAUGACACCACGAGAUGGAGUUCGGGAAGUUCAGAAUCUCAAUACAAGAACCCCAGAGGGUUCUAAUAAUGUCCAGCAGAGUGUAGCGCCAGGAAAAUCAGGGCCACAAGCGCGAAGGUUAUCCAAAAGAGCGGUCCCCUCGGCAGAUUCUUACAGUCCAGCUCCUUCAUCGUUGCAGAGCCCGCAUACGCAUAUGGGGCCCGGGGGUGAGUUUGAACAACACCGGGAAGCGUUAGCAUCACAACGAUAUUCUAUAGCAUCGCUACCGCCUCGGCCAUCAACUAGUCAAACCCAAGCUCCCACGGCGCCGCUUAGGCAGCCUGCAGCAGAGUGCCCGGGCGAUCGAUUUAUGGCUAUCACAAGGACACAUAAUAGAAUUACGAACGAAGCCUGGAACGAAUCUUCUCUUGGCGGAAGCACAAGUUAUUCUUCACCCCAAAGGCCAAUCAAAAGACCCAGAAUAGAAAACGAGGCGUCGAGGAUAAAAAGAGAAGAAUGA